AGUGACUCGAGCAACUCCCAAAGCAAACUCACCCUAAAACAGGUGGACUAUUUACAUUUUACAGUCAUCAUUUUUUUACAGUCAUUCCAUUACACAAUACACAACAAACACAACCUACAAAUUAGAAUUAUCAUUAAAUUAAAAUAAUCUAAAUUAUAAAAAUAGACUCUAGAUUGUGACAUUUGGACUUCGACAAGUUAGACGUGUUUUGAUUCUAACUAUUGAUGAUAUAAAAAUGGACCUUAAUCACGACCAAAGCUCGACUAGUCUGGAUGAAGUCUGUGAGAAAUUGGACCUUGUCCUUAUCCGACAAUUAGAGUUGAUUCAGGAAUAUGUUGACUUGAGCCUCAAGGGAGAAGUUCACCAAAAGGAGGGUUAUCUCCAGUUGGCAAAGGCACGCUACGUCGAAGGACCAAAUUCUGUCUCCAAGGUCUACCUCCCCACGGAAGACUCGGAGGAAUACGAGGCUCUUGUCACGGUGGGGUUUUCGGAAAAUAAGGACCAUGACAAGGAGACUAAUUGUACAAGGGUUCUCCUUGAGGACAAGACUUCCUCUGAACAUAAGAACAAGCUCAUCCGCCAAUUCGGAAUCUUGUCACCUCCCUGUGUCAAAAUCGCCCAGAACAAUUUUCGACAGAAUUUGGCCCUUUGUAUUGAUCGAGUUAAUGUGAUGGAGGAACUUACUAAAGUGCAGAAAGAAUUUCAAUCGUUACAACACGUAAAAAAUUUAUUGAUCAAAAAUCAUAUUCCGGAACCGUAAUUUUUGGCGGAGAAGAUCAACUAAAUGAGAUUACAUAAGUUUGUAUUAUUAGUGAUCACAAUAUUGUAGCUCAUGCAGUUCGUUGGAAAUAAGAAAAGUAAUUUUGAUGAAUAAACAGAUCCGGUACAUUA